CCCUAAAUCCGCAUGAUAUCGUUUUAUUGAGAUGAUAAUUUAUGGAGAUGAUAAUAUGUAUAUUGAUUAUUAGUUUUGACAUUGGCUACAAAGCACCUGAAAUCAAUAAAAAUUGGGUGGCGAAACUUUAGUAUUUUUGAAGAAUGGUGCGAGUAAUAUCAGUUCAUCAUUUUGCAAAUCAGGACAUCCAUAAAUGUGAGGAACCAUUGGCAGUAACUACUGCUCCACCUGAUCGUUUGCUGUUGGCUCAGGCCCAGCAUGCUGUUGAAGUUCGUGGCUUAGCUGAGGGUGGAGAUGUUCUGUUCACUUUUCCUACUGUAGAUGAAGUACGUCAGAUGGUGUAUUGCUGUAAUGGUGACUACAUUGCAGCCCUUGAACGCAAGCAAAACCGCCAAGGUACAAUCUCCAACUAUGUACGAAUUUACUGUAAAUGGGACGUAGUUAAUAACCCCCCAGACAGCACAUUUCUACAGCAGCCAAUGCGUGCAAGAAUUGCUGGUCAGGUAACACCAAGCAGUGCACAGAUAAGUUCAGGAGGAUUGGAAAUGAUUGAACUGCCUCUGAAAAGAGACCCAAAUGCAGUUGCUUGUUGCCAGGUAACUGGAAAUUUGAUUGUAGUCCUUGACAGAACUUUGGUCCUUUAUUAUUUUAAAGUGAGGGCACAUGAUAUAUCAAGACAGAAAUUUAUAGAUUUUGAAGAAUCUCCAGUAAGUUUGGAAAUGUGUUUCACACCAAUGAAAGUUGAAAUGUGUGAGGAUAUUGUAGCUUGCAUGUCCAAACAGUAUCUGCAUGUGUUCAAAGUGGGACAGUUGGAAAAAGAAAAAAACGUGCAGAAUACUUCCAUUAAAAAUGAGAAGGACAAUGGGACCAAGAAAGAAACAGAUUCUGAAAUUAACUGGGAUUCUCUGCUGGAAGCAGAAUUCAAUAAAAAUUUAGCAAAAGGCAGAGAUGCUUUUGAAGACAACUGGGUUGAGAAGCUCCACAAUAAUUCAUUUCCUCUUACUAUCCACCUGCCAGGAAUAACAACCCAGCAGGGUCAUUGUUCAACAAAUACUUCAACAAAUGAUGGCACACCAUAUAGAAACAUGCCAUUUAAAGUAGCUCCUUUGGAAAUGACAAUUAAUGUGAAGUGUUCAUCACCAUCUGAGGGCCCUUCUGAGGAAACUAGUGUUACAAAUCUGCUACAACUUCAGCUGUAUUCACCAGAAGCUGGAGAUUCAAAUAUGGGUGUACUUGUUGGUCCUGAAGAAUUUCGUUGUUUAGUGGUGAAGCCAAUGUACCUCAGACAAGCUAAACCCCUCCAAAACCAAAAAUCAAACAAGAAAAUAUCAACAAACCACCCAAUGCGGUCACCUUAUUACAAAAAUCUUGGAAGUGUGGUUUGUUUUGUUGCUACACAACAAGAAGGUUUUCUUUAUCAUUUCCCAAUGAUAGCAUCAAGAGAACCCUUGAAGUUACAACAGGCAGCUUGUGUCUCUGUGUAUCCAUUUACAGCACCUGUGUUGCACAUAGCUUUGGAGAGCUAUUUGCUUCAUGCCCUUACAGAAAUGGGACUGGAAACUUACACCUUGAAAUCUUCUCAUCAGUUAAUAAGGGAAAAUGAGUCACUGGACAGUGCUAUAUCUAGAAAAUCUGAUGACCCCGUGUGUUUGGUUGGCUUGCGACCUUUCCUUGGUGUGGAACAUUUAUUGCUUUCUGAUUCAUAUUUAUCACUGUUGGCUUGUUCAGAAGGAUCCAGCAUUAGUAGCCAAGAUUCUCAUAGCACAAACUGGACUUUAUAUUCACUUAAAGUUCCUAGUGCACUAACACUUUAUAAUGAUAUUAUGACUGUUGCAUCACAACACCGUUGGUCAAGUCCUGCAACAUAUUGUCAUCUGUUGACAGAAGCUCACACAAUUUUGCAGAUAGCUGCCCAUACUGUGUCAUGGCUCUCAAAGCAGCACCAUUCAGUUGGCAUAAUUACACCAAAUAUGAAGAAUGAUGAAGCAACCCAACUUGAAGAUACACUAAGAGAAUCAUGUGCUCUGCUCGGAGAUUAUUAUAUAAAUUGUGAUUGUGAAGAAGACUGGACACUUGCAGCUCACUAUUACAAAAUGACUGGCUUCAGCCCCAUAAACAUUAUAGAAAGGGUGAAAAACCUUGAAAUUCCAAAGGAGACUGAUAUAGAGUGGAAAAAAGAGAACCAGCUGAAAGCAUUGAUGAAAUAUUUGAAGACCAGUUUAUUAUUCAUGCAUCAUAAUUCAGACAGCUCAUUUAAUCCAUCCAUCCUAGAUUUUACAAAUACUUUACUGGAUCUGUUUGAGAAGUAUAGUCCAUCUGAAGUUUCUACACUUGUCCUUCAUUCUGCUCUGUUGAGAGAGUAUGCUACUGACAGGGUUCUGAAUGUAAUGAAAAAACAGCUAUCUGUCAGACCAGUGCCCAAGUCAAGUGACGCAUUAGCAUUAGUUUUGUUAUGCAUCCAGAAGGGAUCACCAGAACAAGCAAAUGCUGUCUUAAGCUCUUUUGAACCAAACCAACUUUCAGCUAUACUUUUUGAAAAUAGUGUGCUUCUGUUUGAGACAACUACACCAGUGAAGUCUACGAGCAAGCACGAUUCUGUGUACAGUAGCAGAAGGAAUGACCAGUUAACAACAUUUUCAGAGUUGUCUGUUGUUCUGAUGGAUUCAAAACCUAGAGUACUUGCAGGAGUGUUAUCAGAGUUGGUUGCAUCACAGAAAAUGUCGCUGCAGGAGGUUUUGCAAGUUUUUUUGGAGUAUCUCCCAUCUAGAAUUGGUAUUUCUGGAUCAUCAGCAAGUCUUGUUUUACAAGUUUUCCUGGAAAACUACUUUGGGCAUUAUUUUGAAUUGUAUCCAGAUUGUGACUUCAAAUCUGUGUAUGACCUUCCUGUUAUUGAAGCACUGAAAAUACUGGUGAGGUCUUACCUGAGUGACCUCCAGUGCUAUAAUCUUGCUAGUAAAAAGAAUACCAGUGACAAAAGUUGCACACCUGAAACUCCAGAAGUUAAAGAGAGUGCAGAUAAAUCACCAGUUCUCUUUGAAAGUUGUCGCUUUGUGUUCCUUCAAAAAAUGCCUCCAUUUGCUCCUAAUUUGUCUGAAAAGCUUCUAGCACAUCAGAGAGGUGAAAACACGGAUCCAAAAAUUCAACCAUCAGAUGAAGAUAAAGGCCACAAAAAUGAAAGUCUUGUUAAACUUCAGUGCCUUCUUUGCUCUGGGAAACUUCCAAAGGAGUGUGUUGUAGAAGUUUACCAAUUUGUUCAAACACACCCACAACUUCAUGGAAACCUCAGCCUCCAGGUCCUGUGUGUCUCAACAAAGGAAGCAACGAAUGUUUUGCUGAAUUUCUGUCCUCAAACACUGCUGCAGUUUGCCAAAGACAGAUAUACUGUUGACAGUGAGUACAAACAUUUGUUGUCAUUGUUACACAAGAAAAUCAGUGCAUUGUCUGAUGAGUUACUGAAGCCAUACUACAUGCGAGUAAUGAAUGAAAUUUUAACGUACUUGGCCCAGACAUAUCCAUUGGAAUCUCUAUGCCAAAUGUUACCUGCUGGAACAGAGUCUCAGUAUGCUAGUUUUAUCCACAUGGGCCAACAAGUAACACAUGCCAAUCACAUCAGAUCACUUAUAAUGAUUACUGGCCGACAGCUGUUAGGAACUCUGAAGUUAUGAACUUUUAUGUACCUUCCAGCGUUUUCUUUCCCACUAUUGUAUUUAUUAUUUAAGUUUGCAAUAUGAUAUUUACAUUUCAGGUAUUUAACUGAAAAUACCAUCUAGUGGCAGGUCUAGUGCAUUAUAAGGCUGUGAAAUUAUGCCUGUAUUAGUUGUAAAACAGUGUAUGAAUAAGUUUAUAAACAGUUUACAAUCAUUAUAGCAAUUGUGGCAUCAUAUUGGACUGCCACAUCUAUAAAACAUAAUAUAUAAGCCAAGGACCUUCCACCAUUGUGUUCCUUUUUUAUUCUAUUGACUGCAAGAUUUUGCACCACUAUUAGUAUUUUAAAAGCAACAUAUCACUUUUUGGUAUUUCUUAAAAAUUUUACAGUACUCAAAAGUUAUUACAUGUAUGGUAAAUGAACUGUAACUGGUAGAAUUAUAUUUUAUAAAGAAGCCCACUGUGAGCUCAGACAUAGCAGGAGCUAUUCUUGAUCACUUGAUAACAUAAAGCCAUUUUCAAAUCCAAAGAGCUUCUUAAGCAGUAUGUAGAGUGCAGCAGUCACAGAAAAUGCCUUUGUGGACAUGAGCUACAGUUUGCUAUUAUUAUUAUUAUUGUUAAGUUUAUUGCCUUAGAAAAAAAUGGAGGAUGCCUGUGAAAUAAUUUACAGAUGUCUAAAACAAAGUAGUGAGUGAUACUUUUUCUGUUGUUAAAUUAGGUGAUGAGAAAUGUGGUAGUUAGUGUUAUAAAUAUGCACGAUGAUUACUGAGCAUCAUGUGCUCUGAUGGGUGGUGAAAGUGAAUAUAAAACAUACUGAAUUCAGCGUCAUAUUAUACCAUCCACAUCCGAACUAGACAGCAAAUGACUUCUGUAGAAAAUAGUUGCACAAUGAACAAUUGCUGUCAGUGAAUAACUUCUGAGCCAUAAAAAACAGUAAUAAAUUGGACAAUACUGGAAAGUAGCUUGUUUCUCUCUCUCUCUCUCUCUCUCUCUCUCUCUCUCUCUCUCUCUCUCUCUCUCUCUCAGACAUAAUACAGUUGUGCUGCCACUUCGGUCAGGGCAGAUGGUAAGUACAAUUAUGCACUUGUGUUUCUAAGUAAUUAAUGUUCUUUGCAGUAGAAAUAUAUCAGUGUGGAAUUCAUUGAAAUAUAGAGUGGGAAAAACAGAAGUGAAAAAUAGGACAGUGUGUUUUAAUUUACAGUAUUGGUAAAUAGCCUGGUAGCAAUUGAACAGUAUACUAAGGAUAAAUCUCAAAAAAUUUAAGGAAAGCUUUUAUUAAGAUGAAAGCCUUCAUUUUAAUGCCAAGAGAGGGAGAGAGGAGAUUAAACUCAUCAUUUCGUUUAACAAAUGUCAGGGCUUUAGGAAUGUUUGUUAAUGCAAAUUUGUAACAUUUGUGACUUUUUUAUAGAAGCAAAAUGCAUUAAAAUGAUCAAAAUUGCAGUUAAAUAUCGAAAUCAUACAAAGCUUUGCUUCUUUAGCAGUGGAAGGAAGUCCCAUAAUCAAAAGAUAAUAUGACAUUUUUCACAAACUGUGAAAGUUGAUCAUCAUCUAGUAACACAAAAUGCAGAAAGAAAGAAAAGGGCAGACACUGUUACUAUUACUUGAGCAAAUGUGUCAUGGAAGUGUUUUGAGUGCAACUCAUUCACUACAGUAUGAGAAACAAUCCCAUUUAGAACAUGCAGAAAAAACCAACAGUGAAUACUGUCAUGCUGCACCAUAAAGCAUGUAUGCCAUGGCUCACAUACUAGGGAAGUGGACAUAUGUAAUUAUUAAAAUGAGAAACACCACCUAUCAAUCUUACAAAUAAUGUGACACUUGAAGCAUUAAGACAAAGGCUUAAAAAAUAAAGAACUUCUCUCCUCUCUCUCUCUCUCUCUCUCUCUCUCUCUCUCUCUCUCUCUCUCUCUCUCUUUUUCUCGAUAUUGAUUAUGUUAACACUUAUCUCAUAAAUUCCAGCAAUGAAACAUGACCACCAUUAUGUUUCCCUCAUUCCCAGUAAAUCAUACACUUGGGUUGUUUGGGCAUUGAAGUAUAUCUUGAGUGUUGAUUUUAGACCAAUGUGAGAGGUACGUAACUGUGUACCAUUUAAAGUAGCUUGGAAUCAGCACCCAAAAUAUGUUUCAGUGUAGUCAGACUGACAAGAUAGAUUUAAUGAUUUACUGGAAAUUAGUGAAACAUAAGGCUGCUGAAGUUUCAUCUACUCUAUCUAACUUACUGCUAUCUGUUAAAAUGUUCUGAACAUUUAAAGACUACAGUGGGUAUAAUUUUUAAUAUGGUGCUACUUAAAUAUGCAGUACAUUUGUUUGCAUCUGAGGUUUCCCUUUUGAAUAACUUGUCACUUUAGUUGGCACCUAAAGUUGUGUGCCCUCAUAGUCACUUGUAUUAUUGGACUUUAAGAUGUUCCUAAAUCAUAGCUACUCAUUGAAAAAAUAAAGUUAUCAUAAUAAAAAAAAUUGGCCCUUUCUUCCUUUGUCGCGCGAUUUCAAUUCUUAUCUAUUUUUUUCAGUUACGAGAAACUGUAAUCUGUGUUCUGUGUUGGGAGGGACUGUUGAAACUAAACUUUCAUGGAAAAUUAAAAUUGUAAUCUGAAUUAGUAAAUUAAACCAGGUUGCUAACAUCCGCUUGCAAUAAGCCCAACUGAAUCAAUAAACUAAUGACAUUACCACUUACCAAAAAACCAUCAGUGCCAGAAGUCUUGCACACAAGUGAAAUUAAAGGCUAAUUUUUAUAUCUGCUUCCAGUACAUGUGUCUCUUUGCACUGAAAUGCUUCAUGAAGAGUGCCAUAGCUGAUGUUCUGUUUUAUAAUAGUUGAUGGCUGGUUUCUCCAUGAUGAUGUCUUCUUUUAUUAUUUUUUGCAUUUUCUUUCAUUGGAUGAUGUCGCUUCUCAAAGUGUUUUAAGCAGUUAUUAUUAACUGAAUUGGAAGAGCGAGAUAGUGGUGCUUAUUGUGGUUAAUUAUGUUUGGAAAACCCAAAGAAUAUUUAAGAUGAACUUUAAAGAAAUGGGGAAGCUGUUAAAAACAUAUUUUAGCUGAAAUGUACAGAAAAAGUUGUGUAUGAUGAGUCUUCUCCUUCCUGUUUUUGUUUGAGUAAGUGACAGCUUCUGUGGAGUCCCUGUUUUGAAUGCUGCACUGUUUACACAAAUUAAUUGAAAGAUGGUCUUAAGAAUCUAUUGUGAAGAUUGGUACUGUUUCUCAGAAUUAGAAUUUAAAAUGAUGAGAAAAAAUGGAAUGAACUUGCCCAUUACUUAUAGAACAAUAUUCCAUUGAAAUAUGCAUCUCAAAAACAAAAAUAAUUUUUAAUGUUGAAGGUUUUGAUGUUGGUGUAUUGUAUAUUCAUAAAAAUUAUGAGAAAAUUCAUACUUUUGCAGUUUGUGAGUUUCUCUCCACUGCUAAAUUUAAAGGAAAAAAAGCAUCUUCUGGAGAUGAGAUACACGUUGGUACAUUAACUGGAAUUAACUGAACAUACAGUGAUAAAAACAGAAAUCCUUAGCACAGAAAGCUUUUGUUUACAUUUUGUGCGGCCUAAUACUUUUUGUAAUUACGGAUAUAUCAGUAACAGUUCUAUAUAAAUGAAUCACGACUGGUAAGCAGUGAUCUUAAAUGCAGGUUAUAAUUACAGAGCAAAGUCUUCCUUCUGGCUGAGAAGAAAAUUAAGUUUUUGACAUCAUAACAGUGAAUUGCACCUCUUUAUAACCUGAGAGUAUUUUUGCUGUGAUGUGACUGCAUAGCAAACUUUCCUAAGUUUUACGGAAAUGAUGUAUGAUGAAUGUCUGCCGUUUUCCAUGAUAUGCCAGUAGUUAGUUAAUGUAUUCAGUAACAGAUCUCUUUAACUGUUAAAAGCCUUUCAGUCUAGUGCCUUUACAAGAGUUUUAACUAUACUGUACAAAAUAUUUCUGUUCAUUGCACUUCAGAGUCUGGCUUUUAUUUAUGAUGUAAAGUCUGUAGUAAUAUACAUGUGUUUCAUUUGAGGUUGUUAAUUUAGUUGUUUACAAGGACUAAAGUUUGAAAUAAGGAAACUAUGUCAAUAAUUUGGGUUCAGACCAUAAAUGAGAAAAGUUAUAAUUUUGUUAUAGUUUGUUUUUGUGCACCAACUCUGUAGUAUGUAGAACUGUGUUAGUUUACUGUAAAUUAUAUCACUGUACAUCUUGUACUGUGCAUAUCUCAUGUUAUAGUAUUUGUUUUAUUUGUGUACUAGU